CUUCCCGUCGCGGCCCCGCCGAGCGGGCCGGGGGGGCGGGCGCUGCUCCACCGCGGCCGCCGCCGGAGCCGCUCCCGCACCGCGCCCGGCAGCAGCGGGAGCCCCCCGGCAAACAACCCCCCCGACCCUGCUCGGCCCGGCCCCCCGAGCGCCGCCGGGCCCGAGCGCCGAGCGCCGGCUCCGACAUGUCCGGCAAGAUCGAGAAAGCAGAUUCUGAGCGUUCUCAUCUCUCCUCGUUCACCAUGAAGUUGAAGGGCAAGUUUCAUUCACCAAAAAUAAAGAGAACACCUUCAAAGAAAGGAAAACCAGCUGACCUGACAGUGAAAACACCAGAGAAGUCAGUGAACAAAAAUGUAUCAUGGCUGGAGGAGAAGGAGAAGGAGGUCGUCAGUGCUUUGCGCUACUUUAAGACUAUUGUGGAUAAAAUGGCAAUUGAUAACAAAGUGUUAGAGAUGCUGCCAGGCUCAGCCAGCAAAGUGCUGGAAGCCAUCCUGCCCUUGGUGCAAACUGAUCCUCGCAUCCAGCAAAGCUCUGCCAUCUCGUCCUGCUACAGCCGCGUGUACCAGAGCCUGGCCAACCUCAUCCGCUGGUCUGACCAGGUGAUGCUGGAGGGGGUGAACUCAGAAGACAAGGAGAUGGUGACAACAGUGAAGGAUGUCAUAAAAGCUGUUCUGGAUGGAGUCAAGGAGCUGGUCAGACUCACGAUUGAAAAGCAGGAGCAUCCCUCUCCCACAAGCCCAGUUAAACCCAGUUUACCAGCAUGUAAAUCUGACAGCCCAUCAGAACUUCCCCUUACAGACCGAGAAAUGGAGAUCCUCAACAAAACAACCAAUAUGACCCAAUCCAACGAGCUGCUGACUGACUCCAUGGAUGAAGAAGUUGCACCUCCUAAACCCCCUCUGCCCAGCAUUCGUGUGGCAGAGAACAGCCCUCCACCAGCACUGCCCCCUAAAAAACGUCAGUCGGCACCUUCCCCGACCAGAGUGGCGGUUGUGGCCCCAAUGAGUCGAGCUACCAGUGGGUCCAGUUUACCUGUUGGAAUCAACAGACAGGAUUUUGAUGUUGACUGCUAUGCCCAGAGAAGAUUGUCAGGGGGAAGCCACUCCUAUGGGGGGGAAUCUCCUCGUCUCUCACCGUGCAGUAGCAUCGGCAAGCUCAGCAAGUCUGACGAGCAGCUCUCGUCCCUGGACCGCGACAGCGGCCAGUGCUCCCGCAACACAAGCUGUGAAACCUUGGAUCAAUCGGAUCACUAUGAUCCAGACUAUGAAUUCCUGCAGCAGGACCUCUCCAAUGCUGAUCAGGUACCUCAGCAGGUGCCAGGUAUCCUCAGCCCAUUGCCAGAGUCCUUGGGUGAGUCUGGCUCCCCUUUCCAUGGACACGCUUUCCAGCUCCCGCAGGGCAGCUCUUCUCCCCUGGAAUUCUGCAGCCUCACGGGAGCAGCACCACCCACAGAGACUCCUCCAGCUUUGCCAGAAAAGAAGAGGAGAAGUGCAGCCUCCCAGACUUCUGAUAACUCAGGCUGCAGGGUGUCCUAUGAGAGACACCCUUCCCAGUAUGACAACAUCUCCGAGGAUGACCUGCAGAACGCUGUGGUUGUCCCAUCAAUACCCUUCACGCCGUUUGCUGCUGUUUUGCCUUUCCAGCAAGGAAACUCUUCAGCACCAGUGGAAUUCAUUGCUGACUUUGCUGCUCCAGAUUCUAACAGUGACCCAGAAAAGCCACCACCUCUGCCAGAGAAGAAAAACAAACACAUGAUGGCCUACAUGCAGUUUGUGGAGGACUACUCAGAGCCACAGCCGUCCAUGUUCUACCAGACCCCUCAGAACGAGCACAUCUACCAGAAGAAGAACAAGUACCUCAGGGAAGUCUACGGGAUCAACGACUCCUUUAUCAGCUUAGACCCCGCUCAAGACCUGGCACCUCCUCCUGCUCUCCCACCGAAACAGAGACAGCUGGCCUCCUAUGCUGCCUCUUCUUUCUCUUCUGUCUCCUACUGUGUCCAGCAAACUAAAGUGCCCUUCACCCCCGAGGACUCCGGUGCCACUCAGGGCCUCACUAUGUCAGUCUCUAACUCCUUUCUGAGCCGGCACAGCUCCUUUCCUGUGCACUCGUACAAAUCUGUGUUUAGGUCCUACUCCCAGGACUUUGUGCCUCACAACCAAGUCUCCAUACCUCCUUUCCUGUCUUCUACCUCCUCCUCCUGCUCCACCCCGCCUUUUCCGCCCGUCCAUCCAUCUCCGAGCCCCGACCUGGCGGUGCCCGCCGCAGCCAGCCAGUCACCCAGCACUGUGGAUGUGCCAAACUCCUCUUCUCAGGAGAGCAGCUUUAACGGGAAUGCUCCUGUCUGCCUUCCUUCUGAAACCUCUUUCACUGAUUCUCUCCAGACGCCUUCGAGUGAAAACGCCAGUGAGGAGGCUGGUGAGGGUGAAUACGUCAAUCUGUAUUCCUCUGGCCAGAGCAACGGGGAACUCCCUCACUCUGAAGGAGAAUCUCCCUCUGUCAAAGACUCCAAAGACUCCUCUGUGAACAGCAGUGCCAUGGGGAAAGAGGGCAAUGAUGGUGCUGACAGGCAGCCACAGUCACCAGAUACUUUGGAAUCAUCACAGCUGGAGGAAGAGGUAGAUGAGCUGUCCCUUAUUGACCACAGUGAAAUCAUGGCUAGAUUAACACUGAAGCAAGAGGGGGACGAUGGGCCGGAUGUCCGUGGUGGAUCCGGAGACAUCCUGUUAGUGCAUGCGACGGAGACUGACAGGAAAGAUCUGGUGCUGUACUGUGAAGCCUUUCUGACUACAUACAGGACAUUUAUUACCCCUGAAGAGCUCAUCAAGAAGCUGCAGUACAGAUAUGAGAAGUUUUGCCACUUCCCGGACACGUUUAAGAAGCGAGUCAGUAAGAACACCUUCUUCGUGCUGGUGCGAGUGGUGGAUGAGCUGUGCUUAGUGGAGUUGACAGAGGAAAUUCUCAAGCUGCUGAUGGACCUGGUCUUCCGGCUGGUCUGCAAUGGGGAGCUGAGCCUUGCCAGGGUGUUACGCAAGAACAUCCUUGAUAAAGUGGAUCAGAAGAAAAUGCUGAGCUACGCCAACUCCAUCAAACCUCUUGCAGCCCGAGGGGUGGCAGCCAGGCCAGGGACACUGCAUGAUUUCCACAGUCAUGAAAUAGCCGAGCAGCUGACCCUCCUGGAUGCUGAACUCUUCUAUAAAAUCGAGAUCCCAGAAGUUUUGCUUUGGGCAAAGGAACAAAAUGAAGAGAAGAGCCCCAACCUGACACAGUUCACAGAGCACUUUAAUAACAUGUCCUACUGGGUCCGUUCAAUAAUUAUGCUACAAGAGAAAGCCCAGGACCGAGAGAGGCUGCUCCUUAAAUUUAUAAAGAUUAUGAAGCACUUACGAAAGCUGAAUAAUUUUAAUUCCUAUCUGGCCAUUCUUUCUGCACUGGAUUCUGCCCCCAUCAGAAGGCUGGAGUGGCAGAAGCAAACCUCAGAGGGCCUGGCUGAGUACUGCACCCUGAUCGACAGCUCCUCGUCCUUCCGCGCCUACCGAGCGGCUCUGGCCGAUGUGGAGCCCCCCUGCAUCCCGUACCUAGGCUUGAUUCUGCAGGAUCUGACCUUUGUUCAUCUGGGAAACCCCGAUUACAUUGACAGCAAAGUGAACUUUUCCAAGCGUUGGCAGCAGUUCAACAUCCUGGACAGCAUGAGGUGCUUCCAGCAAGUACAUUACGACAUCAAAAGAAACGACGACAUAGUGUCAUUCUUCAACGACUUCAGCGACCACCUGGCUGAGGAGGCCUUGUGGGAACUGUCCCUCAAAAUCAAACCUCGCAACAUUACGAGGCGGAAAACAGAUCGAGAAGAGAAGACCUAGGAGGAGGGGUGGUGCGAGCGAGGAGAAUUGCUCCGCAGAGGCGCCGAGGGCAGCUAUGAGACUGGAGUUCAAUGUUUGUACCUGUCACUGGAUGACACACCCUCCCUCCCAGCUGGCAGCCAUCCCUGGGGGUGGGAAUGCCGGGCGCUCGCAGCCGGCCAGAGGUGACCGCGCGCGGCCGCCGCCGAGGGCAGAGAUCGACCGGUGCUCGCUGCACCCGCCCUCCUUCUCCUCCCGUCCCUCUGUGCCAUGAACCAGCUUUAAACCCGGGGAGAGAGCUGUGUGGAAGGAGAGUCCUGCGCCAGCGUGUUGGUUUGCUGGCCCAUUCCAUCCGGGAAUAGCCCGGCUUCUGUUUCCAUCCACGAAGGAAGGUCAGCGAGAGCUCAGCGCCGACACUGUCUCUGGAGCGGCGUCGGGCAGGAGCAGCCGUGGAAGCCAAGGGUUUGAGACUCCCCUGCAAUGCCACCUCCAAACAUGUUCAUCCAUAGGAGAUGAGGAUGGAAGCGUUCCUGCUGCCUGCCAGAGGAGCUCUGCUUUCAGAGAGCUGCUUGUGUUUACAGGGGUCUUGGUUCGCCCCAGAUCUCUGGCGCCUUCUCCGUGGGAGGAAGGCACCGGUCGUAGAUACGGAAGAGGCACUGAAAACAUGGGCAGGGACCCGCCAUCUGCAGUCAUCACAUCCCCCUCCUCCUCUCAGAUCUCGUUAUUUAAGCAACGGUAAAUCCCUCUGGACCUGGAAACACGGACUACCCAGGUACUGCGGGUCACUGUCUGUGGCCCCGUGUCUCUUAGCGAUGGUACUUAGCUUUUGCACAGGAAAUGCUGUAGUAUAUGGACUGUACAUACUAGUGUUUAGAAUCCGUUGGGGAUUUUUGAUGCAUGUCUGAAUACCGAUGAAUUUAUAGGAAAAAAAAAAAAAAGAAAAAGUGCAAACCGAUAUGUAUAAAAUUCACAACCAGUGACAAUGUUGUUCCAAGUGCUGGAAGAAAGGAGGCUCAAGGCUGUGGAGCAGGUGAAGGAGCCGGGCCAAGGAGCCAGCAGGUCCAUUUCUGGGUUGGAAAUGGGAGCCAGGAAGGAGCCCUGUUCCCAGCCGAGCCACCCCAUCCUCCCACCCCACUCCUCUCUCCUCUCACUGUUGCCAAAUGUUUGUUCCUGGGGGUCCCCGUCGGGCUGGCCCUCGGUGCUGUGCUUUGUGACCCGUGCUUUGGCAGGAGCCCCAGCAGGUCCCCGUCCCCAGUCCUGCCGUGCCAGAGCCAGCAGGGCAGGGGCAGCCUGGCAUGGAAGAGCAAAGGGCAGUCUCAUUUCCCACACAUGCAGUGUUAACCCCAAUCUGUUCAGUGUGCCUUAUUCAGCCCCUCUGUCCCCUCUCUGUGUCCCACCCAGGGUGUCCCCCCCAGCACAGCCCCAGCCAGGCCAUUUCACAUCCCUCCUCUCUAUCCUCUUCCAAUAGUUUACAGUCGGAUCGUGGGUUUGAGUGUGCCCUGCAGGUUUCAGCAGCCUUGCGAGACCCUUCUCAGCUCUCUGUGGUUUUUACAGGGUUCUAACAAAAUCCUGCAGGUUUAGGGCAGCAGCUCCUGGAAUACAGAUGUGGAGUUUCACAGAGCAUCCUUAACUUAUUUCUCAAUAGCAGCUCUGUGCCUGCUCAAGCCUCUGUUUAUUCUGGGUGAAUCAGAGCUGCACUUACUUCCCUCUCCAAACAGAUUGCAAAGACUUGGCCAGCUCUGCCUGACUCCCAGGAGGGAGUGACAGCCACACUGCCCCGCUCGCAGGGUUUUACCCAGCUUGGUUAUUUUCCUGAAGAUUCAGGCCCAGGACUCAUACAGUGACCAAUUGCUGAAGCACCCCUGUCCACGAGGACAUCUUCUGGGAGAGGAGAGUGUGGGGUCCAACACAGUUUGUGCUGUGCAGCCCCAGAGAAGGAGGAGCAGGAAUCUUCUGUGCUGAAACACGUUAUCUGAACAGGAACACUUCAAAAGGGGGUUAUUUUCAUGGCACUGAGGGCGUUGGAGCGGUGUGUUGAGUCCAGCCAGGGCUUUGCAAUCUCCAAAGGCUUCCCAGCCUUCCACAGAGGAAGUCAUGCCUGUGUUUUCCUUUGUAAAUAAGGUUUUUAAAAGCCCAACAGGUUGAGGUGGUGAGAAGGCUGAUGGUGUGGGCUUUGCCCCAGCAUCUCUGAGCACCCCUUGGGUGGGGGCUGUGUCUGGGCUGUUCUGGGGGUGUUGUGUGUGCUGGUAACACUGGAACCACCCCAUCUGUGGGUGCAGAGGUCAUGGCUGGGGCUUGAUGCCACAGAGGAACAGGAGGGUGCAGCUUGUCUCCAUCCAGCUGAAUAACCUUGUUACAUGAUGGGGGAGCAAUUGGCUCACUGGUUGGGCACAGAGUUACAGUGGCUGGGCUGACAUCAGGCUGGCAGGUGUCACCAGUGGGGUUCUGCAGGGCUCCAUCCUCAGCCCAGUUCUCCUCAACAUCUUCAUUAAUGACCUGGACACAGGACUGGAAGGAAUCCUUACAAACUUACACCAGGAGCUGUCGACUCCCUCGAGGGCAGAAAGGCCCUGCAGAGAGACCUCGACAAAUUAGAGAGAUGGGCAACCACCAACCACAGGAAGUUUAAGAAGGGCCAGUGUCCCAUUCUGCACCUGGGAUGGGGCAACCCUGGCUGUGUGUAUAGACUGGGGAAUGAGAUGCUGGAAAGCAGCUGUGGGAAGGGACCUGGGGGUCCUGGUCGAUGGCAAGUUGAAUAUGAGUCAGCAGUGCCCUGGCAGCCAGGAGGGCCAACCAUGUCCUGGGGGGCAUCAGGCAAAGCAUCGCCAGCCAGGCGAGGGAGGGGAUUGUCCCUCUCUGCUCUGACCUGGGGUGGCCUCAUCUUGGAUAUUGUGUGCAGGUUUGGGCACCACAAUGUAAAAAAAAGACAUUAAGCUAUUAGAGAGCACCCAAGGAGGCUGUGAGGAUGGUGAAGGGUCUGGAGGGGAAGUGUUGUGAGGAGCAGCUGAGGGCACUUGGUCUGUUCAGCCUGGAGAAGGGGAGACUGAGGGGAGGCCUCACUGAGGUCUUCAACAUCCUCAUGUGGGGCAGUGGAGGGGCAGACAUUUGAUCUCUUCACUCUUGUGACCAGUGACAUGAGUGGGGAUGGGAGGUCUGAGUGGCCACAGCACCUCAUCCAGUGUGAUGGGGCUGAGCCCUCCAGCUUUCCUCCCCCCUGCUUUCCUUCCCCAGCUUUCCUCCCUUCUUCUCCCCUUUGCUCUGCCGUCAUCCCCAACCCCAGUGUCCCAACCCCAGUCUCACAGGGCUGGAGGGACCCUAAACGAGGGUCCCCUUUGCCUGGAGCAGCUUGAGGUUUGCUGGCCAGAAACCCCCACUCUCCAGGGGCAGCCCCUGGGGAGCAGCCCAGAACAUCCCUGUGCAAGACUGGCCAGGAGUGAGUUCCCGUGUCUCUCAGGCAGUGUUCUCGAGGCCAUCACCUCUUUUUGGGCAGAGGGAAGAGUCUGAGUCCCCUCUCCACAUGGGGCAGGGAGCGGGGAGAAGCGAUGCCCCCAGUCACCAGCCCCCUGCCCCACUCCCAGGCAUCUCCCCCCCCUAAGCAGUUCCGUUGUAUUAUAGAUUUACCACAAACUCCAUCCCCGUGGUGGCAUCUUCCUCCGAACAUUUCAGACCUGUAACUUUUAUAUUAAAGACAAAUAAAACACCAAUAACAAGCCCGCCUGAUGAUCCUGUUUACAGUGCAUGCACAGUCUGUGGAUUAAAGUGACAAUCGAAUCCA